AUGCGCACAAACUUGUAUCGCUCGUAUUAGCCGACCACAGGUCCAUUCCUUUUGGUUAUAUCCUAUAUGCAGGACAUGCGCUUAUCGUCACUUGAAGAAUAAAAUCUUUUUCCUCGUCCGUUCGUGCGAAAUAAAAUGUGUCUGUCGAGUGAAGAAAAUUAAUUUUUUUUAUUGAAAAAGUGCACUAAUCCCGUACGCAGAAUAAGGAAAAUGUUGAUUCAGGAUGAGCAUGAAACAGGUCAUCAAGGUAUGACCUAUUAAACCUGUACAAUUGUUGUCAUACAGUGGUGGAAGAUGAUACAUAAGCAGCAUUCAGACAUUGUUCUCCCACAUAAUAUCGAGCUGCAAACGCCUCUUCCGUUGACCCCCUAAAAAUUAUCGUAGUAGGCCCUGAAAAUAGGUUGCGCCCGACUGUAAUACGAUAGGGGCAUAUCGUUGUUAUAUAAAUACAUAUAGUGUGCAAAAUUGCUGCGAGAAAACAAUCGAACUAACUACUAUGGAUAACGUUAAUGGAGACGAAAAGCAUCAGAACCCAACGAUACUUCCUCCAGAUCAUGUGUCACCCUCACAUCCGACCAGAAAGCAAAAGCGGCUUGGUCCCGCACCGAUUGCAUCAAUUGAGGAUACAACCAAUGAAGAUAAGAAUAGAAUGGACGCUGCAGGCCAAAGCCACAAAUCUCGUUGGUACAGCGCCAAGGAAUGCGAUUCGCCAAAGAGACAGUCGCCUCCGAGUGCAGUCGGCAGCACAAGUGCACUAGCCCCUUCAACGCCCAGAAUUGACAUUAGCAGAGCAUCGUCUCAUUCAUCGCAUCACGACAGCAGAGAUAGCAGCCCAGAAAAUGUGUUCGAUCAGGUUGGCACUGGCACAUUGCAGGAAUCCGGUGUCCUUGGAUACAGAGAAGAGGGAACAAUGGACUUGCGAAGUUCUACCGAAGAAUUGCAAUUCAUGGAACCAGAGAAGGGAAGAACAGAAAGGGAGAAACCACAAGCACCGCGAUACUCCCCUGUAAUGUUCAAAUUUGAUGAACCACAAUCAAUUUCAGUUCAUCAUCAGCGUAAAGAUUCCGCCAGUUCGGAAGUUGCCGCUUUUUUGUGUAUUUCUGGUCGUACUAGCCGUAUAUCUAGCGUUGGAAGUCAAGGAUCAGCUAACAGUAAACUAUCUGCUGUAUCCGGAGUAUCUGGAAUAUCUCGUUCUCCUUCUCCUCAUCGUAUGCUACUGGAAACGUCAUUUUGCGGUCCUAAGCCCUUGCAGGGUAUCACUGAUGGAAGCAUUCCUAGUAGUAUUGAGCCAUCAACUGCCAAAAUGCUGGAACAAGUUAUCCUAUCUAGGAAAAAGGAUCCUACGGAAGCGGUCAUAGCGGAAGGAGUCAACAUGGAUACUACAUUCAGCGCGGUAAAAAGCAAUAAUGUACCAGAAACUGAAUUGGUUCGACGGAAAUCAGACAGCAAUGCUAACAUAAAUCGUAAAGAGGAACUGAUUCAACCACCGCAAACCAGUAGAAGUAUUUCAAAUAAGCGAUACAUUCCUCCAACUGAUUUAAAUAAACCGAUAGUAGGUGUUAUGCCAAGUGGAACUGAAUACAUAAGAAUAAAACUAAAGCCAGACCACUGCUAUAGCGAUAAUGGAAUAGCUGAUAAUGAAAGAGUACUGGAAGAUGAUCAGAAGAAACCCCGCUCGUUAAAUCUUGAAACUUCGCGAGACAAGAGAGACGGAUCGUCUCGUCCUGGAACUAGUGUUAGCCCAAAACCAACUCGUCAUGCCAAAUUAACACGUGAGAACGGCAGCCGAUCGCCAUCUCCCGCAAACACCACAUUCUCAAGAAAAAGUUCCUUCUGCUCUAUAUUCAAGCUUAAAGAUUCCGCGAGCCCAGAUUCUCCCGGUGGCAGUCAUAUACGAAAAAAGAGCGGAUCGAACAUUUCCCAUGAGUUUAGGGAGCGAUCGCGUAGUAAAAGUAGAGAGAGGGAUACGGCUUCUUUGAACACAACUCCAAGCAAGCAAAAGUCUGUGCUAGCCAUCUUCAAACCCAAGAAAAAUGGUACAAAAUCAAAAUCCCCUUCACCUAUUGAUGCUAACCCCCAUGGUACUUUAUCAAACGUAGCAAAUGUUGAAUUUAAGUUCAAACAUGAAUCCCCAUCUGCUGUAAAUCCUCGCCCCCAUUUGAGAUACUAUGAUACACCGUUAGACGGUAAAAGUAUUCAUAUUCCCCUGCACACCCCGCCAGAAGAAAAGCAAUUGAAAUUAUUAUUAUCCGCCAAUCCAGCACCGCCUUUGAAGCCAGAACCGGAGAUAGUUCCUGAUAAAGUGUCUCCUUCGACCCAAUCUGUGAAGCUAAGCAAUAAUUGUAUCGUUACUAUUCACAAUAGACCUAAGCCAAUGCCACCCUUGAAGUGCUACCGAAUUGAAAACCCUGAUGGUACCAUAACAAUACCUUUGAAAUCUCCAACAGAGGAAAAGGAACGUGAUAGUUUAUGGAGCAUGGAAGUGCAACGCAACAGUUCGCAAGAUAGCCAAGACACAGUUAUUUCAGCCGCUGCACAUCAACCUAGCAAUACGUUACCAACCAAUACAGCAAAUGCCUUACCUUCAGCCAGUCAAUCGAACCAGAAUGGUGUUGUCCCUAGCCCUAAGUCCAACGAAAAUGAUGCUGCUGUUUCGGUAGUAACUGAAGUAAACGUUGAACACCAGGAAAUGAAACAAGCUGUAGCGAUCGCCAAUAUGACCGCCAAAGAGAGGAAACAACUUUUGUUCUCAAUGAAAGUAGGUUCCGGCAGUCAGGAGCAAACUUUCACAACUCAGUUCAGCAUUUCAAAAACAGAAAGCCAGUGUAGUCAGCUAUCGGAAGCAGUACAAACUGGUUCAUUGAAUGGAGAUCCAAAAACUGAGCAGUCAGCAACUGAAACACCACCUGUUGUAUAUCGUAACAAACAAAUAGAUAAUGUUAAGAGACGAAGUCCAAAAGAGAGGUUUAGCAGAUCAGAUAGCACAUCCGGCGAUUCCAUAGAUUUUCAUCGUCAUUCACGUUACAUUGAAAAUCCGGAAGAAAUUCUUAGCAUGCAACAAAAAUCCGAAAUGACUAAACGCAAGCACGAGCUCAACCCCACAGUCAGCGAAGAAUCUUCUGUUUCUCAAGACACUAGUCGGGAUGAUAGCACAGUCAAGAUGUCUUCAAAAAACAGAAAUGCUCUCAAUGUACCAGAUAGAAAGUCCACUGCUUCCAACGACGAUCAAGGUGUAUCAUCGGAGAGUGAAAAAGAUUCCGAAAUUGAUUCCACUAACACAAGUAAGCACAUGCAUCCGAACUUGCUGGCCAUUGAGGACCACGAAAGUGCGGGUUUAGUCUUGCAAGAAUCUUUCGAUGAUGAACUGCCGUACAUACCGACAACGCUACCAGAAGAACGAUCCGUUGGCGUCAAACUGGUACCGAUGAAAGAACGGGCACAGAUGGAAAUGAAGACAUGCCCGCUCGAAAGGCCUAGAUCUACAACACCAAUUCACCCUGCCUCACUGGAAAAUUAUUGCGGUAUCACGCAAACAACUGACGAUUCCGAUGGGCAUCUAGUCCGUGGUGAAAAACUUAGAAUAAGCCUACCCAAAAAACAUGACAUAGUGAUGGAUAAAGCCUCCAAAUCCAGGUCGCCUCGAAAAGCAUCAAUUUCGUCGGGCAAAAAUUGGUUCGAAUUUGCUGAACAGGGAAUAAGCAGUACCAGUCAGGCACAACUGUCAAGCAAUGGGGAAGAUAGAGCAUUCUCCAAUCAAUCAUCUAAUGUGGAAGAAGAGCCUCCUCCUCUACCUCCACGCAAAGGCUCGACACAGCAAUGGAUUGAUUUUGAAAGUAUUCCUGAGAAAAGAAAACCACCGAAGCGCAUAACCACACUACCACAAGCCGAAUCAGUGGAUGAUAAAGGUCCGAUGGCCGGGGUAGUGUACAACUAUGUCAAACCGGAAGAAUGCCAAUGCGAGUGCCAUGAAAAUGAGCGGGAAGGCGGCGGAAAGCAGCAGUCGACGCACGAUCAUGGAAUCGAAGACGAGCAACCGCUUCUACAGCAAGAUUUGUCGGAAGAAUCUACCAUAAGCGGCAGAGAUGAUCAGCAUCGGCGUGGAUCUUUCGAUAGGCAUAUGAGCGAACCUAACACGAAUAAUAAAAAACUCUAACGACAAAUUUAAUCUGUUUCGAGCAUAGAAAAACAUCUUGUACUGUUUAAGAUAAGCAAACAAAAAAAAAACGUCGAGAUAACUUAAUCAACAAGUAACUUUCCUCUUUUCAUCAUCACAUAACAAAUCGAUCAAAGUUGCAUGUAGGCUAAACCAAAAAUAUUAGCUCAAAAUAGUUUGUUAAAUAUAAACAAUGUUAAAGGUAUAUAUUUUUCCUGAUAGCUGACGAAAAAUGCUGAUAAGCUCUAGAAUCAUAUUCAAAAUACCAUACUAAUAAAAAAAUUCCAUCUAUAGAUUAAGCAAGAUGAUGCAACAUGCCUAUUUGUUUUAACAUUGACUGUUGUUUCCUUUAAGUUGUGUUAAUAUGUUGCAAUUUCAAUGUUUUACGAAAGAAAUAUUUGUGAACAAUAUUCAAGCUAAUUUAGUGUACUAUAAAAACAUUACUGUAAAUUAUGUUCGAUCGUUUGAGUUUGUCAUGACACGGAAUUGAAUAAGUGAAACUGCUCGUAUAGUUUAGAAAAACAAAUAUAUAAUUGUAGUAUUUUGUUUGACAUACUUGUGAUUUACCAACAAUGUGGGUGAUAGUAAGAAUUGAAAUAAAAUAUUGGAUUGUAAUUAUAGUUGUUAACUAUUGCAUCUUAUGCUGUGUUUUUAACGAAGGAUAAAUCUACAGACGAAGUUGGGGUUGACGCACUACCGCCUACUCACUAAAACCAAUCCAUGCUUCGUGUUGC